GGUUUUACAGUCAGCUUCACACAAGCAGAGGCGGCUUGGGCAAAAGUGAAGUCAGGGUUAUCUUGGCAGAAAAACGUUUUUGACAUUUCACAGAAAAAUCUAAUCUCAGGGAUGUUUUCGUUUCAGAUCAGACACACAUCCAAACCCUGAUCAGGUUAAUCAUGACUGAAACUCUUUUUUGUAUAUGAGUUGAGAGGAACCAUGCUGAGAACUGAAGAAGGAACUGAUGAAGAAACCGAAAUUAGACCGAACCUCUAAAAACAACAAACGGAUGAUUUUAAAUGAGGAAACUCAAACUUGAGGAUUUAACCCGAAUUGUCUGAUCAUGCAAAGAAGAUGGAUGCGUCGGAGGGUGCUUGUUGUUAUUUUCACAGUUUUCAUCAUUGUCUUCGUGGAUUUGCAGUUUCGCACCGGCAGCUUCCCCAAAGUAAACGUGGAUUACCAUCCGACACCUGGUGCGCCCCGCGGCUCCUCCGCUCCAGAGGACGCACGGAGCUCCGUCUCCAACAGCAGCACCGGAGGAGGCUCGCAGCCUGAUGUCAGGAGAGGACAGCCGGUGUCUGAGGGUGCACCUGCCACUCAACCCAGGCUGAAGUUAGAGGACAUCUACAUAGCUGUAAAAACCACCGGGAGGUUCCACAGGACGCGGCUGGCGACCCUUUUGGAGACGUGGAUCUCCAGAACCAAAACGCACACGUUUAUUUUUACAGAUGCAGAAGAUGAGGACUUAAGUUCAGAAGGUUAUAACCUGGUGGUAACCAGCUGCCGCUCAGAUCACAGUCAACAGGCUCUGUCCUGCAAGAUGUCUGCAGAGUAUGAUGGAUUCAUGGCUUCAAACAAAAGGUGGUUCUGUCACGUUGAUGACGACAACUACGUGAACCCGGAGGCUCUCCUCGCUUUGCUCUCGACCUUUUCCCUGGAAGGUGACGUCUACGUGGGCAAGCCGAGUCUAGACAAACCCAUCAGUGCUCACGAACUGCUGGAGGGAAAUGCAACGAGGAAGGUCCAGUUCUGGUUUGCUACCGGAGGAGCAGGUUUCUGUCUGAAUCAACGACUGGCAGAGAAGAUGUCUCCAUGGGCCAGUGGUUCGCAUUUUGAGAGGACAUCAGAGAAGAUCCGUCUCCCGGAUGACUGCACGGUGGGCUUCAUUGUGGAAAAACGACUAGGAAUCUCAAUGGUCCACUGUCCUUUGUUUCAUUCCCACCUGGAAAACCUGCAACUCAUAAGUCAAAGAAGCAUCCCACAUCAGGUAACGCUAAGUUAUGGGAUGCUUGAUGACAAAAUGAACAGCAUCAAGGUGAAAGGAAGCUUCUCUGAAGAGGAAGAUCCCUCCAGGUUUAGGACUGUUCACUGCUUGCUGUAUCCGCUUACCAGCUGGUGUCCUUGAGGACGUUGUGGAAGAACAAAACAUCCAAACACUUAGGAUGAAAUUCUCCUCUGAGAUGUGGUCAAAAUGAAGAAAAACUGACGGAUCUAACUUCCAAGUAUCUCAGAGUCGAGGAAAAUUGUGACUACGUGUCACUCUAAAAUCUUUUAUCACCUUUUUCUCUACGCCCUUAAUGAACAUUUGUUCAUUUUUCAAAUUUAACUCCAGCGUUUUUGGCCAACAUACCUUUUGUCAUCUCUGUUGUUUGUAUUAUUCUGACUUUUUUUUUUUUUUACAAAACAUUUAGCGCUGAUUAAAAUAGUUUUUUUCUUCAGUUUGAAGCUGCAGCAACAGGACAUGAAUUACUGCAGGUGGCGAUGAAUUAAUUGAACUUUUUAUAGACUCAACAGGCACAGUCAUCUGUGUGCUUGUUGUCAUGAAGGAGAUAUCGUCCUUGCACCUUCAGUAUGGACUCUGCACACAAUAAACCGUUCUGACUUACAUCUCCCUCAGCCCAAGACCCCCAUCCCCCCCGCCCCAUCCCCUUUUUUCUCACUUCCUCCCUUCUUCCCUCCACCCCUCCAUCUGUCUCCUUUCCUACCACCUCCUCCUCCUGUCUCCCCGUGAACUAAGCCUCCACGGCCAAACGUGAAAUACUCCUCUACUGAUCCCCAUGGUCUAAGUUGCAUUUAUUUAUUUAUUUGCUUUAAAUUUAAAGUACAACCAGAAGAAAACACAAAGUAUGACAUGCAUACUGCGAAACAAAGCAAAAAUCUUGUAUUUGCAGGAUUGAGCUGGACAAGGCGGGUUCAGGAAAAUCAUUGUCAGAAUGAUGCAUCAACUUAAACGUUUAGUGUGGGAGUGGAAGACAGAGGCCGUGUGAAGAGUACCUGCAGAGAGAUGACACCGCACCGCCGGCUUCCCGAGGUUCCCUUGUUUGGUGUGAAUGGAGAUAUGAUGAAUACAAAUCCACUCUUACAAAGCGUCCGGGUUCUGACCUUCCCAGCAGACGAUGGAAAGUAGUUUGGAUGGUAUAAGAAUGACUGUGUGACUUCAACACACUAUAGUGAGACUACUGAGCCCAAUCUCACUGGAGUAGCUACAGAGAUGACAGUUUGGUGAAAAUGGAAAAUCAAUUUGUAUUACAAAGGUUGCAGGAUUAAAAAAUAAAUACAUUCAUGAGAAUUUCUGGUUUAUUAGAUGGAAAAUGUGAUGAUAAAGAGAUCACAGAAGAUGUAUGACCAAUCAGGAGAUUAGGACAUGUAUGGUAAUCAAUCUAAAUCACUUUAUGGAGAAGGGAGAGUUUCCUAAAGACCAAGUUCACCCUUUUUUCAACACAUUUGCAGUGGUGUCUAAAUUAUUUCCUUGCGAUUCGAUCUCUGUGAGAAAAAAAGCUCAGGCGCUUCUGUUUCAGGUUCUAGAAAUGAGCCAAAUGAGAGGUGAGCAGCAGACGGCAGGAUCUGGAGUCUCUCUGGCCGUGUUCGAGUUGAGCAGCGCCUCGCCUGGAAAACAGACGAGAGCAGACGGACGCAGCAGGGGGAGUGGCUGAAAGCCGGCGUUUAAGUGGGACAGAUUUCCCUACAUGUGUAGCUCGCAGGUGACGAUGAAUGAAGAUAUCGCGUUAGCGUUCAUACUUGUUUAAUUAUUUAUUUUAAUUCUGGUGCCUAUUAGCAGCUGAAACACAUCCUCACGUGCUUGUGGACAUCAUAUAUUGUACGUAAAGAUAUGACUGUAAUAAUAAGUAAAGGUUAUCAGCUGUAGUUUUAGUGUGCUCAUAGGGAACGUGAGAAAAGAACACAAAUCACAUUUCUCUUUAUGGCCUAUAUAGCUGUCAUCAUCAGCGUAGCAUGAUUUACAGAAUACAUGUGACCGACUAACAUCUCAUGUUCUACCACUGGAUGUUUGGAUCAGAAUGUGAACCAAUCAGAUCUUAGAUCAGGUGAGAGCCAGGCGUUUCCCGUCAUGCCCUAGGUUUUGCAGCUGGUGGAGAGCAACUGCAGCGCCUUGCUCCAAAAUCUGCGGCCGCCUUGAUCUCACGAGGAUAUCGUUGCCUACGUAGGCAUGACGUCAGAGCAAGUCGGCGUCAAGUCGGACACAAAUCUAACUGGCAUGCACUGAGCGCCGAUCACCGCUGGUCUAAUCUGCGCAGAACUGGCUCAUCUCGAACACGGCCGUUUCCUGAUAUUUGACCAUCUUGACUGAUUGGCUAAAAGCAACAUGACUUUGAGAAGAUGAUUAAUUAAGGCACACAAGCUGUCAGAACAAGCUAACUAAUGUCAAAAUAAAACUAGGAUAAGAACAAAAAUGGACAUUAUGGAUUACAGGUGCUUACAUGGCAAGCUUGUGUAUUUAUUUUAGUGUUAUUAUCAUCUAAUUCAGUGGUUCCCAACCUUUUUUCCAUGAGGACCCCCUUGCCUGACCACCAAACCUCAAUUCCUACCUGCAUACAUACAUGUUUAAUUCUAAACUUUAUACAGACAUACAGAGUUAUAACUCUUAGACAGACUUGUGAUUAUAUUAUUGGAUGUGUUAUUGGUAUAUAAAUGUAAUAUUUAUUAUCUUGAUAACCUCACAACCUUAGCAGAGACCAAAUUUUGGGGACCCCCUUGGGGGUUCACGAACCUUAGGUUGGGAACCGCUGAUCUACUUCAUCUUUAAAUUUGCUGAUUUGGAGAAAGGAAAUAGUGAUUGUUUUGGAAUUGUAAUAAUUUUCCAGCUGUUGCUGGGGUGGUCCCUACGACUUUUAAGCAUGCUGUUGUCCGACCCAUGCUAAAGGGAUGUGACUUGGAUAAGUCGGUACUGGCCAACUCCAGGCCAAUUUCUAGGUUGCCGUUCCUAUCUAAAAUUUUAGAGAAGGUUGUCAACACACAAUUAAUUAGCUUUUUGGGGAGUAACAAUAUGCUUGAGGCAUUUCUGUCUGGUUUUAAAAACUUACAUAGUACAGAGUCUGCAUUGUUAAGGGUUUCAAAUGAUAUCCUCAGAGCAACUGAUGAAGGAGCAUACGUCAUCCUCAUCCUGUUGGACUUGUCCGCAGCAUUUGACACCAUUGAUCAUGGUAUUCUAUUGAAUAGAUUUAAAGAGUCUGGUGUCUGUGGCACUGCUUUAAAUUGGUUCUCAUCCUACCUUUUGGAUAGAUCUAUGUGUGUGAGCCUUGCAGGUUUUAGCUCUGCUUCCUCACCAUUGACAUGGGGGGUUCCCCACGGUUCAAUUCUGGGGCCCAUUCUGUUCUCAAUUUAUCUUUGUUCUUUGGGUACCAUGUUGCGUACUUACCUGUGAGAAAGUGUCAGUCAGUAUCUACUCUCUUGACCUGCCUCCAAGACAUCAAAAAUUGGAUGGCGCAGAGCUUUUUAAGCUUUAAUGAUAAGAAGAUGGAGGUAAUGGUUUUUGGCCCCACUAAUAGUUGUUCACCUAGUGAUAUUGAUUUCGGACCGAUGGCAUCACAUGUGAAAAACUGCAUUUCAAUUCUGGGUUUUAAGAUGGACAGCGAUUUUAAACUGGAACACCAAAUUAGCUCUGUGGUGAAGUCUGGGUUUUUCCACCCAAGGCAGCUGGUGAAGGUGAGGCCUUUCCUGUCGAGGCAACACAUUGAAACAGUGGUCCAUGCUUUUAAUACUUCUCGUCUGGAUUACUGUAAUUCGCUGUACUCUGGAGUGACCCAGUCUGCCCUCAAGUGUCUCCAAAUGGUGCAGAACGCUGCUGCCAGAGUGCUGACCCGAUCACGAAAGCGGGAUCACACAACACCUAUCUUGGCCUCCCUUCACUGGCUGCCAGUGACCUUCAGAGUGAAAUUUAAGAUUUAGAUUUUUGGUUUUAAAUCACUGAAUGGUCUUGCCCCACCAUAUCUCUCUGAGCUUCUUUCCUUUUAUAAACCGGCUCGGAACCUCAGGUCAGCGGACCAACUACUGUUAGAGGUCCCGAGGUCGAGGAAGAAGCUCAGGGGAGAACGAAUGUUCUCAAUUUGUGGACCUGCACUGUGGAAUGCCCUACUACUGAGUGCACGUCAGGCAACUUCGCUGUCAUCAUUUAAAUCCGUCCUGAAAACACUUUUAUCGGCAAGCUUUUGACACGGUCUGAGACUCUGUCUUGUGUGGGUUAUUUAAUUAUAUUCUAUUUAUUGUAGGUUUUAAUUGUGUUUUCAUCUUUUCUGUCAUAAGUAUUUUAAAUUGUUUUAUGUAAAUAUUAUAGUCUUUGUUGUCAGCUCUUUGUUCUGACUCCUCGUCAUGUAAAAUGCGCUUUAUAAAUAAAAUUGAUCUGAUCUGAUCUGUUCAUUUGAAUACUUAAAAUGGACAAAGACAGGAAAUAUUUUCACACAUAGCCUCACCAAGAAUCCUUUUCACCAGCCACCUCUGCUGUGUGGUUAAGGUGCCAGUGAGCAUUGAACUGUAAUGAUUAAUAGUUAUUAAUCUAGCCUUUCUAACCUUUCACACACAUUGCACGUCUACUUUUAUAUUUCUAUGUGGGCCAUUUUGGCUUGUCCAAGAUGGUGAAAAUCACGUUCCCAUAUCCUCCUCCCCAAUGCUUGACAGUGCCACUAGUACAGUAGAUUUAUGACCUCUGCUGUCUAUAAACAGGACUAACAGUGGUAACAGAGGACCGGGUCAAUUGGAGGCAGUGUGUUAGAGUGUUACAGCUGUCAUGCCUCCCAUCUCCACUGUCCAUCACCUGAUGGGGCCUUUUAAAGGGACAGCAGGGAAGAAACGAUGCAUGGGAGACAAAAGUGAUGAAUAAAUGAAAAAAAUCAGACGGUUAGAUUUAACCCAAAAGAACGAGCUUUUACCACCUAGUUUUAAUUUCAUUGUUUUCAUUUUUUUUUUACAUCUUAGUGUUUAUGUACUGUUUGUUUUGUUCUAUUUUAUCUCCAUUGUUGUAAAGUGUCCUUGGUUGUCAUGAAGGGCAGUGUUAAAUAAAAUGCAUUAUUAUUAUUAAGAAAGACAACUGAAAAAUAAUGUAGGAAUUUGGAAGAUAUUUCAAAAUAAAUGAAAACUGAAAUCUGUGGGUAUUUUAGAAUAAAGAAAGACUUUGCAAAUGUUUUCACAUUUUUAAUCCUUUUCUAGAGUCAGUAUGUUCUAAGAGGAUCCUUUAGGUUAACAAGAUGUCAUUGAGACCCUCACCGACACCUGUGGCCAGAAUGCUGCACUUGCAACUUCAGAGUGGGAGGCUGUACCUGCUAGGUCCUGUAGUUCUUUUCCUUGUCAACACACAAGAGAAUGAGACACUUUCAUCCUUAACAGCGUGGGGCUUUAUUGUACAACACAGUUUCAUACAACACCAGUAUUUGGGACAGCGUUCAGCCAGGAUCUGAGAGAGCCUCCGGCUGAAUCCUCCAGGAAAGCCUGUUUACACCGAGAAUGCAUUUCAGUUAUACUUUCUACUGACGUCACUCCUGCGUAGGAAACGGGCCUCACGUACACAUGAAUAGGAAACUGUUUGGGGAGACUUUCCCGUGCAACAAGACAGAAACCGUCUGGCACUGGCGUCCGAUAAACACUCCUGAUAAUGUUAGUCUUACUGGAAAUCAUGCAAGCUAGACUGAAAAACAGGAUGCUGGACCUCACGUACAGCUUUGGCUCCUACAGAUCCCCCCCAUGGGGAUGUCCACCCCCAAAAACAAGCUGGCUAAAUAACAUAUAAUACAAAAUGAAUGUUAACAUAAACCAUUAAAUGAGUGUCAAACGACUAAAUGACAAACACAAUGCGACCUUUAACCAAACCAUAUAG